AUGUCGACGAGCAAUGCGUUUGGGUUCGUACCAUCUUCGACCCAAAGUCCCGCUUGCUCAUCUCGCCGGUGUGCUUCUUCGCCGGUGAGACCCAAUCCCCUCGGCUCGCUGGAUGUGAAACUUACUUCCGGCGACAAUCCUCCUCCUUCUGAACGGCGGAGCGUUGACGUUUUCAUCUCGGGUCCUCAAAGUCCCCGAAGAACUCUCUCCCUCCGGGGAAGAAUUUUACAAACUUCACCGAAAAAUCACCGGUUGUCAACUCGUUACUCUCCUUCCAUCAGAAUGGCUGAACUACGAUCUAUUCCCCAGACUGAUACACGGCGGUCUACAGAUCGGAGCUUCUUUUCCUCUGCGGUGGUGAUUCCCUUGGAGCUAAAAGUACAGCCGCCGGAGCCUCCCGAUCCACCAGACUGUCGGAUCCCCCUCUCUCGGCCGUGGGUUGUCCUCCACCGUAUCUACUCGGCCCUCCACCACCAUCCUCUCCCAUCCUCCGUUGGUCGCAUCCAUAUGUUCAAAUCCCAGCCUUGCCGUUAG